CAGCAAUUGGUUGAUGUCUUACCACUAGCCAGUGAAAAGUCAGUUUACAUUUGGUAAUGUUGUGAGUGCAGAAUGAUCGCAGAACUGACAGCAUGGCCUCAGUGUUGUGUCAGGUACGAAAUCGGGUGCCCUGUCUCAUCAAGCUUGCCGAGUUACAGAUGAGGGGUGUAACCACAACAGCCUGUGUGUGUAAAAACAUCCGGUCUGGUGUUCCAAAAAUAUCCAUCAAGGGAGACAAAGCUUUGACGUAUGAAGAAGCCAAUCCUCCUCAAAUGAUAGGUGUCCGCAAGUCAUGGAACACCUGGAACACAAGUAAUUUGAAGGGUGAAGGUCGGAGGUCAGAGACAACUGUGGAGGAUAUCUUCAUUCGUCGAUUCAUCAAGGGCACAUUUCCCACUCUGGUAGCAUCAGAAGUGAUCAUAAAGAGGCGACACAAUAUCAUCACCAUCACGACCAUGAUGUAUCAAAACAUCAACGCACAAAAGAUGUACUUCCUGUGGGGGUACACUGAAGAGAUUCUCUCCUACUUCCUCAAGUGUCCAGUCAAGCUGGAUAUUCAGACUGUCACAAAUAAGGAUGACAUUAUUUUUAAACAUAUAUAAUGUGUGUGUGUUUGCAAAGACAUAUAGAGACACUAACAAGUGCGUUUUGUUGUAUGGAUCUUAUAUACUGGGAAUGAGAUGAUAGCGAAAUAAAAAUUCAGAAAAACAACAA